AACAAGUUGAGAGGGUAUAUGAGCUGCCAUUUUAUACCAACUAGACUUUGAAGAUGAAGAGCCUCCUGGCUACCCUAGCCUCUAAGAAGCUCAGCAGCUAUGCCGCCGUCAUUCUGAUUUUCACCUACACUUUUCUGCUCGGCAGGGACUUUGAGUGCACCUGCAAACCACAACGCUUUCAAUGUUUUGUGUACCUGUUUCUGCCCUUUUUUAUAAUCCUCCUCUUAAUCCUGUUGACAGACAGAUCGUUCCAGAGAGUCUGUAGAUACCUGUGCUCAUGUGCUGGAUGCAGCAGGGAAACCACCUGUAACUUUUGGGGUUCUUUCAUCCGCCAUAUUUUGAAGACAGCGUUAGUCAGCCUGCUGUGGGUUGCUUUUGUGUACCUCGAUGGAGACUGGUACGUUUGCUGUGAGAAUGACCACUCUGAACAACAGGCUCCGUUAGCCUGCAAAGCCAAGGACAAUAUCACUGAGGAAGAACAAGAAACCAUCGCUGAACUGAGGAACGAGUCCAGGGUUAUUGGGGUCUCAAUACUCUGUGGUAUCGUUGUGGUGGCGUUCCUUAUUCCGCUCAGCAGGAAAUGCUGUGAAGGACAAUCAAGUUGUUGCAACAGAAGAUUUCUAUUUGAGAGGCUGAUUUUAGAGGAGGAGGACGACGUGCUGAAAGACAUUUUGAGGAAAUCUGCAAAAGAUCAGUUGACUGAAGAAGUGAAGAACAGAAUCCGUGGUGGACAAUGGGAAAAGUGUUUCGACGUUGCUUUAGACCUGAUUAACACUUCCGCUAGAUCGACCAUCUCUGAGGAGCAACAACGACUACUAGCACGAGACGCCGACAACCAGGAAGACCAACCACCAGGACACAGCACCGGCCAGGAACUGCAGGUUCUAAUAGGAGUUGAACAACCAAAAAGUAACAACAUCUGUUCGAUAAUGUGAAGGUCACAUUUCCAUUCAUCAGUCAACAGUCAACAAACAUAUAACGAGCUUUAAUCUGUGAUUAUAGGAUGAAACGUCUAAACCGACUCUGAUUCAGUUUUCUCUGCAGAAAUGUUUUGGUGCUCGGAUGAUGAAGAAAUGGAACGGCUAUUUAAAUUUAAUGCUUAUAAGUUCAAAAUCUGUUAAAAUGCAGUUUUUAACUGUCUCAUAGGAUAGUCAAUACCUGUGUUUUUUUUUAGUUUAUGUACAUAAAGUAGUGGUUGUGACAAAAAUGACAAAAUAUUUAUUUCUUUAGUCAUAUAUUUUCUUGCAGUUAUACACUUUUAAAUAGAUUAAUAACAGUACUUUUAUGUAUUUGACAGUGAUAUAUCGGUGUAACAAACAUUUUUUUGUAAAAUUACAAGAAAUCCUGCUACUUUUAUCAGUAAAGAAUACUUUAUUUUUACGGUUAGUUUUGUUAGAAUUAACAUUCAAAAGCUGUUAAAAAAAACGGACAUUUAAAGGGACUAUUUGUAACUUUCAGAAUUGCUUGUCAACAGCGACA